AUGGCCGAUUGCAUUGAGCUUGAGCUUCAGACCGUUGAAAUAUCCAGCAAAGGCGGUUCCAACUUAUCUCUAUUCACCACCUCCCGUGUCUUUAUCACGGAUGCCCCGAUCCCCGAUAUCUCACCCGAUGAUCUACUCGACUUACUCCUAUCGAAACAGUUGUGGCUGUUGUCUCCAGGUUUCUGCCAACUGGACUUCAUCGUCGACCUCCGGCAGUGCCACAUGAGCGAGUCGGACGCUGCGGAUGCUUUGGACUUCAUGGCUGAGACAAUCCGCCAGUGCCCGCUAUGGCCAAAGCUUGGCCUCACCAUCGAGCUUCUGGAUGUCCAGCAUUCACUGGAGUACGAUGGCACCUCAAGCAUAUGUCUCAAGCUCGAACACCUAGACAAAACCUGUGUAUUGCUAUGCCCUCCGCAUCUUCAUACGGCCACCCUUCGGGGACUGGAAUGUCUGUUGCAGUUCAACGUCAGUCGUCCAAAAGAGAAUGACACCGAAGACAGCCAUACAUCCAACAGUGCAGUCGUUGAUGCUGGUGUCGUACCGGGCAGUUUCACACAGCAUUGCAACACACAGCCCUCGACUGACGCCACAAUGCAAGUCCCAUCAGGCGACGUCGACCAGGCAGAGGGGGCCUCUUCCUUAGAAGGAGCGGAAGAUGAGGACGACUGGGCUGUUGUGGCUCGCUUGAUUGAAGCGACCUUGCGCAGGACUAUCGGUGUUCAAAAGCGCUUUCUCAAUUUGAAGCUUCGCAGACCUAAAGGAACAUUGUCUCUGCUAGAAAUAGCCCCUGCUAUCUGGAAUGCCAACUAUCUACAGUCAAUAGCAAGGCAUACAGACAACUUCCCAGUAAUCUCCAGCAUAUUGAUGACUGCUAUCAAAGGACAAUCGCCAACACUCAGGCGAAAAGGAGCCGAGCUGUUAGAUCAGGAUCUCGUUCAGCACCACCAAGCACUCGAGGACAAGACGACUGCUGAUGACAACUCCCUUCUUGAGACCUCGAUACAGUGGCGAUUAUGGGACCUGCUACAAACCUCUCUGAAGCCAACCAUGCGCCUCAAAACUAAAACGGCAGGUUCCGUCUUGGCUUCAAGUUUAGCAGGCAUGCAAGCAGUUGGAAAUGCAUCUGAGCUUGAAGAAGGCAUCGGCCUCGAAGAGGGAGGACGUGAGCCACUAUCCGACAAUUUAUGGGAGCCUUGGGUAUCAGACUCGUGGCCUGAUCUCUCGGGACACUACCACCCAGAUGAUGGCUUUGACCUGGGUACAGCAGAACAUCACGAAUGGCGACACGAGGAUGCAGAACAUGCGUAUCCUACAAGAGACCGAACCAUGGAAGCUCUAGAACCAAGAGAGGAGGUCGAGUAUCUGCAGGACCAGGAUUUGAGUAUGGAUUUCUCCGGUCUGUGGUACCCAGAGCCUUAUGAUGAAGACGUUAUACCACAUACCCACAACUCGCAACAGAACCAUCACAUGUCCGAAUACAGCGAGACAGAUGUUGUCAUGGAUAGCCAAGAGCUUGAACACCCACACGACGACAAGUACCAGUACAGCAAUGGCGCUCAUUACAAUGCACUACCGGGAGAUUUGCAUAGCGGACACCAACUGCCAGAACCACGACAAUAUGCAUACUCAGAGCAAGAUCGACGAGAGGCUACAUAUAGAAGGGAGGAGAUCCAUGACGUGAUAUCCGUGGAUCAUUUGGAACCAGCCCCUCCUAUGGACGUAUUCGCCAGGACUCUUCCACCCGCGGGGGAAGUGUACGCAGAGUCCUACGGACGACGAAUCAUUGAGGACGAUGCUUCCAAGAAGAAAUAUCUGGUCGAGUACAUCGGACUGGGGAGCCAGUACUGCAGAUGGCUGUCUAUGAAAGAUCUGGGAGGUGAAGCAGGGCAACUGCUGGCAGAUUACAGAAUCAGAAGGCCUGCACGAUGA